AUUUGAAUUUACUUAUGUCUGAUUAAUUCGACUAGUUACAAGAGGGAAUAGUUCAAAAUGAAGUGCCUGAAUAGAGCGAAUAGGAGCCUUUUGAUUAAAUAGCUCCAAGAUAAAAUAAUGAGAAAAAACAAAAUUUUUAAAUUGAAGAAGAGGAUGAAUAAGAUUAAAAUCAACCGGUUAGUGCUAUAAAAGAGGUUGUGAAGCCUGAAGAGAAUAAAAAGAACGUAUCUUAGAUUAGCAACCCAUUAUAGCCCAUAAUGAUAAAUAAAGCAGAAACAAAGAGAAUAGUACAUCAGGCAGCAUUAGAAAGAAAGACAGAAGCAUUUGAAUAAACAAAAAGUUAUGAACUUCAUAGAUCUACAUAAAUUUAUUAACAUAGACAAUUAGUUGAUUCUGUUUGGGCAAGAUUGUANUGA